AUGAUGCUUAGAACCAUUCCUAAUGCUUUCCGUUCGGUUGGCCGCAUGAUUCCUCGUGCGCGCCCAACUCUUGUCCGUGGAUAUGCUGCUUUUGACCGUUCAAAACCUCAUGUCAACAUCGGAACCAUUGGUCACGUUGAUCAUGGUAAGACCACUUUGACAGCUGCUAUCACCAAGGUUUUGUCAGAAAAAGGUGGCGCAAACUUCUUGGAUUACGGGUCUAUUGAUAGAGCACCAGAAGAAAGAGCAAGAGGUAUUACCAUCUCUACUGCCCAUGUUGAGUACGAGACUGAUAAUAGGCAUUAUGCCCAUGUCGACUGUCCUGGUCACGCUGAUUAUAUCAAAAAUAUGAUUACAGGUGCAGCUCAAAUGGACGGUGCAAUUAUUGUUGUGGCAGCCACUGAUGGUCAAAUGCCUCAAACCAGAGAACAUUUGUUAUUGGCAAGACAAGUUGGUGUUCAGCAUUUAGUCGUCUUUGUUAAUAAAGUGGACACUAUUGAUGACCCUGAAAUGUUGGAGCUUGUUGAGAUGGAAAUGAGAGAGUUGUUAUCACAGUACGGAUUUGAUGGUGAUAACACACCAGUUGUCAUGGGAUCUGCCUUGUGUGCAUUGGAAGGUAAGCAACCAGAAAUUGGUGUUGAAGCUAUAACCAAAUUGUUAGAAGCCGUUGACGAAAGUAUUCCAACUCCUACUCGUGAUUUGGAGCAGCCAUUUUUAAUGCCUGUUGAGGAUGUAUUUUCUAUCUCUGGAAGAGGUACCGUUGUCACAGGUAGAGUCGAAAGAGGUGCAUUGAAGAAAGGAGAAGAAAUCGAGAUUGUUGGCGACUUCGACAAGCAAUUCAAGACAACUGUUACUGGUAUCGAAAUGUUCAAAAAGGAAUUGGAUGCAGCAAUGGCUGGUGAUAACGCAGGUGUUUUGUUACGUGGUGUUAAGAGAGACGACGUAUCUCGUGGUAUGGUUUUAGCCAAACCUGGUACAGUUACCUCCCAUAAAAAAAUCUUGGCUUCUUUAUAUAUUUUAUCCAAGGAAGAAGGUGGCCGUCAUUCACCAUUCGGUGAGAACUACAAGCCUCAAUUGUUUAUAAGAACUACCGAUGUCACUGGUACUUUGAGGUUCCCACCUGGUGAAGGUGUCGACCAUUCGCAAAUGGUCAUGCCAGGUGACAAUGUGGAAAUGGAAAUUGAAUUAGUUAGAAAGACUCCUCUUGAGGUCAACCAACGUUUUAACAUCAGAGAAGGUGGUAAAACCGUUGGUACAGGUUUAGUAACCAGAAUCAUUGAGUAA